AUGUGGCGCGCAGUGGCUCGCGCGAAACUCGUGCUUGUCGACGCCGGCGCCGUGGGCGAGUUUGUGUGUGUGUGUGUGUGUGUGUGUGUGUGUGUGUGUGUGUGUGUGUGUGUGUGUGUGUGUGUGUGUGUGUGUGUGUGUGUGUGUGUGUGUUGUCAAUUUCUUUUUGGGCAAACACAACGGCUACAAGCCGCAGCGAGGGCCGAGCUCUACUUGUGUGCGGAUGUGGUUGAGGCGUGCUUCUGGUUUGGACCUGCCUUGUGUCGUGCUUCCCAGAUCAUUCAACGCCCCGCCAACGCCAUCAAGGAGAUGUUGGAAAACUCGUUGGACGCCGGCUCCACCAGCGUCACCAUCACUGUCAAGCAAGGUGGCAUCAAGUUCUUGCAAAUCCAGGAUAAUGGUCAUGGCAUUAAUAAAGAAGACAUGGACAUUGUCUGUGAGCGAUUCACGACCAGCAAACUGAGUGCCUACGAAGACUUGCAAACCAUCGCUACCUAUGGUUUUCGUGGCGAGGCACUUGCGAGCAUCAGCCACGUUGCGCAUCUCUCCAUCAUCACCAAGACUCCCACCAGCCCAUGCGCCUACAGUGCAUCUUAUCGAGACGGCAAGAUGGUGGCCGAACGUCCUGAUAAACCUGCAGCCCCGAAGCCGUGCGCCGGUAACACGGGCACUCAGAUCACCGUCGAGGAGCUCUUCUACAAUGUGCAGGCCCGGCGACGGGCUCUGAAAAACUACAAUGACGAGCUCAAUCGCAUCGUGGAUGUUGUUUCACGCUAUGCCAUUCACAACAGCGGUGCAGGCCUCACGCUGAAGAAGUUUGGCGAGGCCACCGCGUUGGUACGCACCACGGCCUCUGGCUCCACGAUUGACAACAUUCGCGCCGUUUACGGCAACGCCAUCGCCCAGGAGCUUAUCGAGAUCAAACGAGAGGAUAACGACCUCAACUUCAAACUUGAGGGUUACAUGACCAACCCAAAUUAUAACACCAAGAAGCAAACCCUCAUCCUCUUCAUCAAUCAUCGCAGCGUACGCUCCUCUACCAUCAAGAAGGCCAUUGAUGAAGUGUAUAGUGCCUAUCUGCCUCGUGGGAUGCAUUCGUUUGCCUACUUGUCCUUGCUGAUCAAGCCCGAACUGGUGGACGUCAAUGUGCAUCCCACAAAGCACGAAGUUCAUUUUCUCAAUGAGGAGGAGAUUGUUCAAAGUAUCGCAGUGGCGGUGAGCGAAGCUUUACUGGGCAGCAAUACUUCCCGAACGUUUCAAACCCAGACCCUACUUCCAGGCGCAGCCAGCUUGUCUAGCAAGCCAGAAUCAGCACCGGUUGCUUCUCAGCGAACGCGGCGCAGCCAGCGAGCUGUGGCUGCAGAAGAGGAUCGUUUGCUUUAUGAUCAUGACAUUGUGCGCACUGACUCGGCCUCACAAAGCCUGCUGAAGGCACAGCCUGCUGCUGCUGCACGCAGUAGUCAGCGAGCAAGCUUGGCACGGCGAAGCUCUGAUGCAUCAUCAGCAACAGCAACACCUAGCGCGACGCCGGCUAGAACCAGUCAACGGUCUGCCCGGGCCCAGCGGCGCGACAAUGAGGUUCAGGAUCUCCUCGAUGAUCUUCAAAGCCAGAGCCAGAGCCAGAGCCAGAGCCAAAGUCAGAGCCAGAGCCAGAGCCAACAAAUUCCACGUCGUUCUCAUGCUGAGGAUGAUCCGGAUGAAGUCACAAUGGAGCAAGCUGCAGAUGUCGAGAGCGACGAAGACAACGAGGUCAACGACGAAGAAAACAACACGAACAACGAGGUUGCGCUGCCGGUCGCUCAAGAAUCACAAGCCACGGACAGCACGGACUUGUCUUUUGCUCUGACUGCCACUCCUGACACAACAGCCAACGCGCCGAUUGUUCUCGACGAGCCCGAGUCCACCACUGCCGAUGCUGAGACAAUUGGUGUUGAGCAUGUCGACGCUCAUAUUAGUCAAAGCGAUAUUUGUGAGGGUGAUAACGCGGUUACCGCCAUGGGACAUGCCCACAGCGAUGGCAAUCUGGCUGGCUCCGCCAAGCGUGACGUUGCAACUUCUGACGCUUUCCGUGAUCUCUUGAGGGGCCACGUCUUUGUCGGUUGUAUCGACCAAUCCCUUGCACUGGCCCAACACCAACAUAACCUUUACUUGAUCAAGACGCGCUUGUUAAGCGAGGAGCUUUUUGCACAGCUGUGCCUGCGUGGGUUUGCUGCCUUGAGCCCUAUCGUUUUGGAUCCGGCGCCCAGUGUGAGCGAGCUGCUGCGCCAGGCCCUGGACAUGCCCGAGUCAGAAUGGACGUCGGAAGAUGGACCCAAGGACGAGCUUGCACAGAACAUGGCUGUGUUUAUCCAGGAAAAGUCAGCUAUGCUGACCGAGUACUUUGCUCUCGAGAUUGGGGAGCAGGGUCAGCUCGUCUCAGUUCCAUGCUUACUCGAGGGCCACUUGCCUGACUUUUCCGGAUUGCCACUCUUUCUGCUGAAUCUCAUUACGGAUGUCGACUGGAAGGAAGAAAAGGCGUGCUUCAGUACUGUGGCCCAGCAAAUAGGACAACUGAAGACACUCGGCAAGAUGAUCAUUGGGUGCGACAAGAUCAUGUUGUGGCAAUGGAUCGCCUCGCUCAUCAUCAUCAUACCAUUGUGUCCCAACACAUGGGUGACACCUGGUCAGGUGGAGCAUGUUUUGUUUCCCGCAUUCCGCAACAUGUAUCACCCCUCAAAGCAGGUGGCAGAAAAGGGAGGCGCUCUGCGAGUCGCCAACCUCAAGGAGCUGUAUAAGCUCAAGCCAAUCGGCAGAGAAAGAAUUGAGGAUCGAGUUUUGGGUGGGUUCGGUUUUCCAACUGGUCCAACUGGUCUAACACAGUCAACCACACAUUCACACUCUAUCAAAAACAAGGGAGGCAUGCGAAAAGGCCCAGGGGCUCCUCUUGAAGCGGCAUAUCUGAGAUCAUAA